GUCACACUACACUCCACGGAUGAAGGUGUAAAAGAUAAUGGAAGUUUCUCUCGCCACCCACGCUAUCUCCUCCUUCUCCGUCACCGGAAAACACCAUUCCGGCGCCAUUAAAGCUGCCAAUUUUCUUCCUUUAUCCCUAAACUCUCCAUCGCCGCAGACACCGGCUUUCGACAACUCCACCAAUUCCGCCAAUUCCUCACACCUCUCCGGCAAACUCCGCCGUCCCAAAACCCUCAAGACGACCACCUCUCCCUCUCCCAAAAUCCCCUCAAACCCUCUCAAAUCCCUCGCCCAACCAAGCACCGACGUAAAUGGCUCUCGCUCUCUCACCAAUAAGCUCUGGCUCACCAGCAAGCUCUCUCCGCCGGCGCCGAAUCCUGCGGAGAUUUCCCGGGAAAGUGACGGGGAAGCCGGGGAGAAGGAGGUUGAGGAGAAUGCGGAUUCGCCGAGGGUUGAGUUCCGACAAGAGGGGAAGAUAUUCGUGGGGAAUCUGCCGAGCUGGAUCAGGAAAAACGACGUCGCCGAGUUCUUCAGGCAGUUCGGGCCGAUUAAGAGCGUGAUUCUGAUCAAGGCUCACGAGAAGACGGACAGAAAUGCGGGGUUUGGGUUCGUGCUGUAUGGUGGCUCGACGGCGGCGAAGUCGGCGAUGAAGGCGGUGGAGUUCGACGGCGUGGAGUUCCACGGGAGGGUCCUGACUGUGAAAUUGGACGAUGGAAGGAGGUUGAAGGGGAAAAUGGAGGAGAGAGAGAGGUGGAUUGGAGGGGACGAUGGGGUUGAGUAUCGUUCAAAGUGGCAUGAAGAGAGAGAUGGUUUAAGGAAGGAGUUCCGGAAGGUUGUCGAGACCGAACCGGAGAAUUGGCAGGCGGUUGUGGACGCUUUUCAGAGGAUUAAAAAGCCCUCUAGAAGAGAAUACGGCUUGAUGGUAAAGUAUUAUGCAAGGAGAGGUGACAUGCAUCGUGCACGGGAAACUUUUGAGAGUAUGCGGGCAAGGGGAAUAGAGCCAUCAUCGCAUGUCUAUUCAAGCCUUAUUCAUGCGUAUGCAGUUGGCAGAGACAUGGAAGAAGCAUUAUCUUGUGUUAGGAAAAUGAAAGAAGAGGGCAUUGAGAUGAGUUUGGUGACUUACAGUAUAAUAGUGGGGGGAUUUGCAAAAAUGGGCAAUGCUGAAGCUGCAGAGUUCUGGUUUAAGGAGGCCAAAGAGAGACACAUUACUUUAAACGCAAUCAUUUAUGGAAAUAUAAUAUAUGCUCAUUGUCAAACCUGCAAUACGGAAAGAGCUGAGGCGUUGGUGCGGGAAAUGGAAGAAGUAGGCAUAGAUGCUUCAAUUGACAUUUAUCAUACCAUGAUGGAUGGUUACACGAUGAUCGGAAAUGAAGAUAAAUGUUUGGUUGUCUUUGAACGGCUCAAGGAAUGUGGCUUUACACCAUCAGUUAUCAGUUAUGGAUGUCUGAUCAAUCUUUAUACCAAGGUUGGAAAAGUUUCGAAGGCCUUGGAAGUUAGCAAAAAGAUGGAAUCUGCUGGCAUAAAGCAUAACAUGAAGACUUAUUCCAUGUUAAUAAAUGGAUUUUUGAGAUUGAAAGAUUGGACUAAUGCAUUUGCUGUUUUUGAAGAUGUUAUAAAGGAUGGUCUAAAGCCUGAUGUAGUCCUUUAUAAUAACAUUAUAAGAGCAUUCUGUGGUAUGGGUAACAUGGAUCGUGCUGUCCAGACUAUCAAAGAUAUGCAGAAGUCCAGGCAUAGGCCUACAACACGUAGUUUCAUGCCAAUUAUACAUGGUUUUGCAAGAGCUGGAGAAAUGAGAAGAGCUCUAGAAAUUUUUGAUAUGAUGAGGAUGAGUGGAUGCAUACCCACUGUACAUACUUUCAAUGCUUUGAUUCUUGGCCUUGUUGAGAAACGUCAGAUGGAGAAGGCUGUUGAAAUAGUAGAUGAGAUGACACUGGCGGGUGUAAGUCCAAAUGAACAUACAUACACAACUAUCAUGCAUGGCUACGCAUCACUGGGUGAUACUGGGAAGGCCUUCGAGUAUUUUACUAAAUUGAGGAAUGAGGGCCUUGAACUUGAUGUGUUUACAUAUGAGGCUUUAUUAAAGGCAUGUUGCAAGGCGGGCAGGAUGCAGAGUGCUUUAGCAGUAACCAAAGAAAUGAGUAAUCAAAAGAUUCCGAGGAACACAUUUGUCUACAAUAUACUAAUUGAUGGAUGGGCUCGAAGAGGUGAUGUUUGGGAGGCUGCUGACCUGAUGCAACAAAUGAAACAGGAAGGCGUUCAACCUGAUAUCCAUACCUACACAUCUUUCAUAAAUGCUUGUAGCAGAGCUGGGGAUAUGUUGAGAGCUACAAAAACGAUCCAAGAAAUGCAGACAUUUGGGGUAAAGCCAAAUGUUAAGACCUACACCACGUUGAUAAAUGGUUGGGCACGUGCUUCGGUACCGGAGAAGGCUCUGAAAUGCUUUGAUGAGAUGAAGCUGACAGGGUUGAAGCCAGACAAAGCUGUAUACCACUGCUUGAUGACAUCUUUGCUGUCAAGGGCUCAAGUUGCCGAGUCUUAUGUUUACUCUGGAAUUCUUUCAAUUUGUGGGGAAAUGAUAGAAUCUGGCUUUACUAUUGAUAUGGGAACUGCAGUUCACUGGUCCAAGUGCUUGCGCAAGAUUGAGAGGGGCGGCGGGGAGCUUACAGAAGCCUUGCAAAAGACCUUCCCGCCUGAUUGGAACAUAUCUCAUGGUUUGGAAGUAACUUCUGAUAUCGAUAGUGAUGAUGAAAUUGACAACGAUAAUGAGAUAUAUUCUGCUGUCGAUACUGACAGUAAUGGCGAUGGUGAUAGUGAUGAUAUGAACCACAGAUUAUGAUUUUGAAGUCGUGUAUAUUAGUUUUGUCAUAGGGGCAUAGGGCAUGACUUGCAUAUUAGAGAAUGUAAGGUUUAUGAUUAAAUUUAGUUUGACCCUCUUAAUGUAACCCAUUCUUAUGUUUCUUGUACAGAUGAAGCACAGUUUCUAACUCAAUUCCAAGGCGGCAAACAUACGAGUUGUGGAUGCUGCAUAUUUCCGUUGUUUGCUUAAUUCAUGUAACCCAUUCUUGUGUUUCCUAUACAGAUUAUGAAGCACAGUUUCUAACUCAAUUCUGAGACAGCAAACAUACGAGUUCUCGAUGCUGCA